AUGUCAUAUUACUUUGCCAUAAUUGGCACGCAGGAUAACCCUCUCUUCGAAUAUGAGUUUGGCACUGCGAAGCAGGGCGGAGAUGGGAUUGCGCGGUUCCCGGAGCAGGCUCGGCAUAUGAAUCAGUUCAUCGUGCAUAGCAGUCUGGAUAUCGUAGAGGAGGUGCAAUGGGGCCAUGGGCAGAUGUAUCUCAAGUGUAUUGAUCGCUUCUACAAUAACUAUGUCUCCUGCUGGAUGACUGGCGGCAAUGUCAAAUUCCUCCUCCUUCAUGCGCCCUCUCAGCCAGCUUCCUCAACCACGACUCGAGCAAGCACAUCGAUAGCUGCGAACCCCACAUCGCCGCAGACCGAAGAGGCCAUCAAGCAGUUCUUCACAGAAGUCUACGAAAACUGGGUUAAGACCAUUAUGAACCCUUUCUAUCAGGUCAAUAUGCCGGUCCGCAGUCCGGUGUUUAGAAGCAGGGUAGCGGCUGCAGGGAAGAAGUAUUUGUAA